AUCGUGGUAAUUGAAUCGUAAUUAUUCAUCUACGUUGACCUUUAAUUAGUCCAAUUGUAAUUUAUAAAAUGUCUUGUUGUGUACCGAACUGUCCUUUUCGUGAUAAAUAUUUAAAACAAAUUAGUUUCUGUGUACCACAGGACCCUGAUGCACGGUCCACGUGGGAGAGAGUCUUAAGAAUCAAUUUCGAUAAUAAUUCUCGAGUUUGUCGCCGACACUUCAGUGACAGUGAUAUUAUAGAAACAUGGGUUCCUGGAGUAGGGGAUGACAAUUAUGCUAUGUGCUUGAAUAAACCUAUGCUUCGUGAUGAAGCCAUUCCCGUACGGGUUAGAGAAAUGGAUAGUUACAAUGAUGGAUCAAUAAUUUUAAACGACAAAACUAAUAUCUCCGAAAAUAUUGGUACUGGCUGUGGAGACGUACAUGAUUUACUAUCUUCUAUAAACAGUGAUCAUUGUUACACAACAAUACAGAUACAGGAACACAAAGUAGCUGAAGUAAAUCAUAAUUUUGGUGCUGGUACAAUGAAUGGUCUAAAAAGAGAUGCAGAUUUAUUCAAUGUUGAAUUAACAUCCUCAAUAUCUAAAAGAAUAAAGCCGUCACAAACAUGGUAGUAGUGUGGUAUUCCAGUUCCGGCCAGGAUUCUGCCAAAAUCUUUUACCAACUAUACUCUAUUCCAAAUAAGUCUGGAAAAACUGCGCAGCUUCUUAACGGUUGAACCACUGCGAUUGGCUGCAGUAGUCGGCUGCGCCGACUGCAGCCAAUGAGACUGCACAUGCUCAAACCGCAACGCGUUUCUGUCAUGAUUUCUUUCCAGACUUAUUUGGAAUAAAGUAUAUCUAAUUUCAAUAAUUGUAGGUCUGCGUGUAAUGGUAAUUUGAUAAUUUAUAUAUUUUUAUUGUUUUGUUAGUUAUCACUUAUCAUUGUAAAUUAGAUAUUUAACGGAGCAAUGAAUCUUGACUGUUGAUUUUUAUUUUAUUUUUUUUGUCUAAUUGUUUUCACCUUUCAGAACAGUAAAAAUAUUUUAAUCUUCAACAUAGUUGGUAAAUUAUCGAGUAUGUUUGUCGAAAAAAGUUGUCAAUAGAAGUAGAAACCUAAUAUAUUUUAUUUUAGUCUUUAGGUGUAAACUAAAAAGGCAUACCCUCUAAUAAAUUUAGACUAGGUUUCAUAUUUCUGAAAAAUGGGCUGUUAUAAUUUAUAUGUCUAUUUUUUUAAAUUGUAUCUACUCGUUAUGUCUCAGAAAUGUUUAUUACUACUAGACUUAUUUUUAAGUUUAUUUUGUUAAUUUAUCUUCUAUAAAAUGUCUUUUUCUUUAUAGAUAUGUUACGUUAUCGAUGCAAUAAAUUAUAGUUUUUAGACA